AAUCAUGAUUAUCUAUCCCACAAACAUUAGUUAUGAAGAAGCUAACAGUGAAAAAACAUGGUGGCGACAAUGGAUUUUAAGCAUAAUAAUAACGUUAACCACGUGGAUUUACCAAAAUUCGAUUCCCUUGAACAACUGUGUGAAAAUGAUCAGACUCAAACAUGGACAACAUUAUGUGUAGACCACCUCAGCUUAUCAUCCCAGGAGUCUAUGAUAUGCAACCCACCUCAGGGCAUUACAGAUAUCAAAAGUGGAUUCAGAAUUCCGACAGACAAUGCUUCACAAUCUAAAACAAAAAAUGAAAAACCAGAUUUGAACGGUUUAACGCCGUUCACCGAUAAUCCACAUGCUACAAUGAGCCAAGUGGACGUUUUCCCUGGGGACAAGAGCUUGAGUUCCGUCCUCGGGGAACACUCGGGGGAGCUGGUGAGGACGGGGAGUCCUAACUUUGUGUGUACCAAGCUGCCGUCUCACUGGAGAUCGAAUAAGACUCUACCCGUGCCGUUCAAAGUGAUAGCACUUGGAGAAAUAAAGGAUGGAACUAAAGUGACAAUAGCCUGUGGAAAUGAUGAAAAUUAUACUGGAGAAUUGAGGAAUAGUACAGCUUACAUGAAGAACCAGAUGGCUAAAUUCAACGAUCUUCGAUUCGUUGGACGAAGUGGCAGAGGAAAAAGUUUUACUCUGACAAUUAUCGUUGCCACCCACCCACCACAAAUCACCACCUACACGAAGGCUAUCAAAGUGACAGUCGAUGGACCAAGGGAGGCCAGAAGUAAAACUAAGUUGCGCACAGAUGACAGGCGUAUCAUUCACCGUGGACCCCUCGAUAUACCAAUGGAAAGACCCCACACAGAUCCAUUGUGUGACAGCCGACGAUUCCCGCCGUCAGUUGAGCUCGAGCAUCUCCGACGAAGUACACAAACAGCGGAUAACCGACGUAUUCUUGUUCCGUCAGCAGAUACGAACGGCUUUCAUGCCUCUGAAAGCCGACGGAGUCCAUGGGGAAGUUUUGAGUCACUGACACCUUACACAAAAGAAGCGUUAUUCCAGUCAAGUAGCACUGUAUCACACCCUGUAGCCUCAUACUCACAGGGACAAAACACCAUUAUAACCCCUAUACCUAACCUCGGCCAGAGACUAUCGCCACCCGAGAUGGAUGUAUCAGAGUCUCGCCUGGCAAACGUAUCAGAUCUGCAGGUGCCUGCAACGUCACAACAAGAUGUCACGGCACUUGAACGUCAGCUUCCGCUACUGCCAGAACCUCACCGCCUUGAGUUUUCUGCGCUCGAACCUAGGUAUCCCGGUAGCUCUAGUCUGUCUUUAAUGUUACCGCCUCGGUUCCAGUCAACUACAACGGACUUACGGUAUCCGGAGAGAAUUCCAGAGCCGAGAUUUACGGAACCGCGACAUCUAAACAGUACUAUUUCAGUGCCAUUUGCUAGUACAAGUACAAAUCUUGCAAUUUUAGAAGAAAGUCGAGCCAUUUCAACCCUGGCGAACCCAACGAACACUGGUUCAAAUACAUACACUCCAAUGUUGUCCUCUGAUUUAUAUAACUCCAUGAAUCCACAGUCAACACUUGCAUCAUCGUUUACUAUACCUGUAUCGCCACAGCUGUCUUCGGGAUUCAUCUAUCCACACUUACACUCCUCUGGUGCCCAGCAAAACCUGCAGAACAGUAUUUAUUUGCCAGACGGUGAAGUGCGAACUUACGAAAUUUUAGGAACAAGGCCUGCAGGUCAUUAUUUGUCUCAGCGCCCAAAUGAAAUGAUGGCGCCACGGCAAGCUGAUAUACAGAUGAGAAUGGAUAGGCCUCUUUUGUCACCCACGAGACUUGCCCUCGAGAGUACUCAGUUACAGUCACGUGACGACGAUAGAAACCAACACACGGAAAUGCAGACGAAUCAGUCGCCGCUUCACGACGCCCCUGGUCAUUCCCCGCCGCGCGGUCGAAACAAUGGCGAUAAUGGCAAUGUUUGGCGGCCAUAUUGAAAAAAAGUGGCAUAGGAACAAAUCUUUACUGAAAUGUUAGUGAUAAAGAUAAGUUCUGUCAUUGAAAAAUGGUAAAUAUCGUUGGCGUGACAUUUGUGACGUCAUUGAUCUCUGAAACAUGGCGAGGUUGCUCACGUGCUGUCUCGGACGUUAUUACACUGAAAGUAAUUAUUUAUAUGGCACCAAAGAAAAGUGAAAGCAUUGAAUAUUGUCUUUUGUACAUUUGUUUUCGCCUGAAGCAUUAUGUUUUGACUUGAGUUUUGACAGACGUCAGCUUACGCAGUAUUUGAGUCAGAGAUCCAGUUUAUAAAUUGCAUUUUAUUAACAAUGAAUUUAGAGCAUAUUUUGAAGAUCAGAAUGUUUCAUGUAUAUAUUUCUUUAUAUAUAUAUAUAUAAAUGUUGACUGUUAAAUAUGAAAAUUAUUUUGCUAUGAGGUCACUGAUUCAUGGUGCUAUGAGAAGAUGUGUUUAUAAUAGAUAUACGACAGACGGUAGCCUCCACAUUAUCAUAUUUCCUGAAGGCAUUUUUUAUUUCUCGACGAUUCCAUUUCAUGUUGCUAUUUAUAUUGUAUUGGUUGCCUAGAUCUGUAAAAAAGCGAAUAUUGAUAAGUUAUCACAGUUUUGUAACACAUUUUUGUCUUGUAUGCAUUUUAUCUUUAUGUGCUGAUAUUCUCAGAAUAGGGUUGGAUUGGGAGGGGGAGAAGUAAGAUAGAGAGGGGGUGCCUUUUAACUUCUGUUGGCGAGCUCAAAAAAUGAGAGGGUAAAAAUGCAAGUUUUGUUUCCUGAAAUAUCAGAAUUGUUGUAUUGGAAGUGUUUUGACUUUUUUCUACAUUCUUUUAAAAUCAUUUGGUGUACUGGCGUCUGUUUUGAUAUAUUCUUUAUUUCGUGCAAUAGUCAGUAACAGUGCGUCCCGGCUACGUGUUCAUAUUGUAGAAUUCCAUAUUGGACCAUACUAUUUUUUAAGUCUGUUGAUCCAAAAUAUUUAAAUUACUUGACGGAUUAAAAACAAAAUUGUCAGUUGUACUUCAGAAUGACGUAUUUAUUGCUGCCUAUAUCCUUGCAUAAUAUGUACAUUACGUUCAUGUAUAUAUAUUUUUUACUUUUCCUAACGCAAGUGAUGCGAAUUUUUAUGUCAAAGGGAAUGAACUCGUAUAUGAAAAAAGCCCAAUGCAUAAGACAAUUAUCUUUCUUACAGACAAUGUUGAAUAGGAACAGACGACGAUAUUAAGCUUCUAUUGCGGAAAUUAUGUUACAAGUGUCCGCUGCAGUAGACUGUCAUGUAAAGUUUAGCAUGUCUAUGAUCUGAAUCUAGUUUCUUAAAGGGGCAUGUUUCCAUAUAUCUGCCAAAUGUGAGGCAGUAAGCAUAAAACAGCAGGAAUUCAGUGGUACUUCACAGCGUUAAUAUCGACUUAAAUAACAUUCAUUUAAGAUUUAUUAUAUUUUUGAACGUGGUAACAAUCCUGUUUUUAUUAUAAUUUUUGUUGUGUUGAUCUGGGUCCAUGUCUUUUUAAUUACUGAAAAUCUUGAUGACUGAAGCUAUUUUUGGUUGUUGUUAUGGUUUACUCGUAAUACCCGUGCGUCUACUUGAUAUUCAUAGAUACAGUGUUUACUGGUUGAAAACGUAGUUUCGCUUCCUUAUUUAAAAAUUGUACUUUAAUAUUCUGUUUGAAGUCCAGCCGAAAUGGUAUUCUAAAUUCCAUUCUGUAUUAUUACACAUUUGUGAUGUAAAUGAUCAAAAAUAUAUAUGAUAGAAAAUGA